GAAGUGGAACACGGGUGAAAAAAAAGUUGAAAACACACUUUGGUUCUCCAAGAAGCAGUAGCAACUGGACAGCUCAGUCAGUUUCAUAGAAUGAAGAGUGGUUUUGCAGAAAGAAGAGGACAAUAUUUGGAUCGUCUUUGAUGUGGUCACUUAUAAAUAAUAACUUCUACCAACAUAUAAAAAGGUGGAAAGCUUUGAUUCAGAACUAUGGAUUUCAUAAAGGAAAACAGUAUAACCCUCAUUCAAAGGAUGGGCAUGACUGUUACAAAGCAAAUUAUGGAUGAUCUAUUUGUAUGGAACGUUCUGAAUUCUGAAGAAAUCAGCAUUGUUUGCUGUCAGAAGGUGGAGCAGGAUGCGGCACGUGAGCUCAUUCAUGUGAUUUUAAAGAAGGGCUCAGAGUCCUGUAACCUCUUCCUUAGAUCCCUCGAAAAGUGGAACUAUGCUCUGUUUCAGGAUCUGAGUGGACACAGUCUUUUUCAACAGAUACCAGAUGAAGACUUGGAGGACUUGGCUCAGGAUUUAAAGAUCUUGUAUCAUACUCCAAGUUUUCUAAACUUCUAUCCCCUGGGGGAAGAUUUUGACAUCAUUUUUAAUUUGAAAAGCAUCUUCACAGAACCUGUCCUGUGGAGGAAGGACCAACAUCAUCACCGAGUGGAGCAGCUGACCCUGAAGGGCCUGCUGGAGACCCUUCAGAACCCAUGCAUCAUUGAAGGGGAAUCCGGCAAAGGCAAGACCACCCUGCUCCAGAGAAUUGCCAUGCUCUGGGCCUCGGGGAAGUGCAGGCCUCUGACCAAGUUCAAAUUUGUCUUCUUUCUCCGCCUGAGCAGGGCCCAGGGUGGACUCUUUGAAACGCUUUGUGAUCAGCUGCUGGAUGUACCUGACCCAAUCAGGAGACAGACCUUUAUGGCCAUCCUGCUGAAGCUACGGCAAAGGGUCCUUUUCCUCCUUGAUGGCUACAAUGAAUUCAAGCCCCAGACCUGUCCAGAAAUUGAAGCCCUGAUAAAGGAAAACCAUCGCUUCAAGAACAUGAUCAUUGUCACCACCACCACAGAGUGCCUGAGGCACAUAAGGCAGUUUGCUGCCCAGAUCGUUGAGGUGGGAGACAUGACGGAGCACAGCGCCCAGGUCCUCAUCCGAGAGGUGCUGGUCAAGGAGCUUGCUGAAGGCCUGCUGCUCCAGAUUCAGUGCUCCAGGUCCCUGAGGAAUCUGAUGAAGACCCCUCUCUUUGUGAUCAUCACUUGCGUAAUCCAGAUGGGCGAAGAUGAGUUCCAGGCUCAGACACAAACCACUCUCUUUCGUACCUUCUAUGAUCUGCUGAUACAGAAAAACAAGCACAAACACAGAGGUGUGGCAGGAGCCGACUUCUCCCGGAGCCUGGACCACUGCGGAGACCUGGCUCUGGAGGGCGUGUUCUCCCACAGGUUUGACUUUGAGCUGGAGGAUGUGUCCAGUGCGAAUGAGGACUUCCUGGUGACAACUGGACUCCUCUGUAAACACACCGCUCAAAGGUUCAAGCCGAAGUAUAAAUUCUUUCACAACUCCUUCCAGGAGUACGUAGCAGGCCGCAGGCUCAGCCAUUUAUUGAUGUCUCCUGAGCCAGAGGAGGUGGCCAAGGGGGAUGCGUACUUGCAGAAGAUGGUUUCCAUUUCGGAUAUUAUCUCCCUGUACGGCAACCUGCUGCUGUACACGUGCGGCUCAUCGGCUGCUGCCUCCAGGGCCGUUCUGAGGCACCUCGCAGGGGUGUAUCAACACGGCAGCCUGCUAGGGCUUUCCACUACCAGGAGGCCUCUCUGGAGGCAGGGGUCUAUACAGAGCAUGAACAGCACCACCAAUCAAGAGAUUCUAAAAACCAUCAACAUCAAUUCCUUUGCAGAGUGUGGUAUUAAUUUAUUCCAAGAGAGUGCAUCCAAAUCAACUCUGAGCCAAGAAUUUGAAACUUUCUUUCAUGGUAAAAGUUUGUACAUCAACUCAGAGAACAUCCCUGAUCACUUAUUUGACUUCUUUGAGCAUAUGCCUAAUUGUGUAAGUGCUCUGAGCUUCGUUAAACUGGACUUCUACGGAGGAGCUUUGGCUUCACAGGACAAGGCUACUAGAGAGGAAGUCUCUGAAACCUACAUUCCCAGCAGAGCUGUGUCUUUGUUCUUCAAUUGGAAGCAGGAAUUCCAGACUCUGGAGGUCAUACUCCGGGACUUCAGCAAGUUGAAUAAGAAAGAUGUCAAAUACCUCGGAAAGAUCUUCAGCUCUGCUACAAGCCUCAGACUGUAUAUUAAGAGAUGUGCUGGUGUGACUGGAAUCCUCGCUUCAGUGCUCAGCACCUGUAAGAACAUUUACUCUCUCAUGCUGGACACCAGUCCUCUCACUGCGGAGGACGAGCAGCAUGUCACCUCUGUGACCAACCUGACGACACUAAGUGUUCAUAACCUCCAGACCCGACGCCCGCCAGGAGGAUUACUGGAAACAUUGCAUAAUCUCAAUACCAUCCCAAGGCUUGUGUUGAGUACAUUCAGACUAGAUGGGGAGUCUGCUUUCCGUCUCCUUACAGCUAACGGGCUGACAAACCUGAAGCAACUGUGCCUAUUUCGCUUGACCCAGUUGUCUGACAUUGGAGGAGGGAUGGAUCACAUAAUCGGGUCCCUGUCAGGUGAACCCCGUGACCUCCACGAAAUACAAUUAGUCUCCUGCUGCCUGACUGCAAAUUCUGUGCGCACUCUAGCUCAAAAUCUACACAAUUUGGUCAAAUUGAGCAUUCUUGAUUUAUCAGAAAAUUACCUGGAAAAGGAUGGAAAUGAAGCUGUACAAGAACUGAUCAGCAGGCUCAGCCUCCUGGAGCAGCUGUCUGCGCUGAUGCUGCCUUGGUGCCCGGGGGUACGUGUCAGCCUGGCCAGCCUGCUGGAGCGACUAGAGGGGACCCCGCAGCUCACCAAGCUUGGGUUGAAGAACUGGGGCCUCACAGAUGCAGAGAUUAGAAUUUUAGGUACAUUUUUUGAGAAGAACCUUCUAAAGAACUUCCAGCAGUUGGAUUUGGCGGAAAACUGUGCAAGCAGUGACGGAUGGCUUGGCUUCAUGGGUGCAUUUGAGAGUCUUAAGCAAUUAGUAUUUUUUGACUUCAGUACUAAAGGACUUUUACCUGACCCGGCAUUAGUCAGAAAACUUGGCCAUGUAUUAUCCAAAUUAACUUCUUUGCAAGAAGCUAGGCUUAUUGGAUGGCAAUUUGAUGAUGAAGAUAUCAGUGUCAUUAAAGGUGCUUUCAAGCUAGUAACUGCUUAAGUAAAAGACACCCUUUGCUAAUGAGAACGUGGGGUGCUCUUUACUUUCAGCAUGAUUUAGAAUCCUUGGAAGAAGAUGAGGAAAUGGGAGUUUAACUUUAUGACUCGUACAGUAGUUCGGUGUCUCCUCUCUCCAAGUAGGAUUAUCAGCUCCUUGAAGGGACUCUAGCACAUCCUGUGUGACCCUUGGCCCCAAGGAUACUAGGGGACAAAAACUAGUAUAAUAUUACUUGGUACAGUUCCUGGCAUGUAACUGAUUCAGCAAAUAUUUGCUAAAUAUA